UUAUCACAGCUGUCUCCCCCAAUGUGGUUGUCACCGUUAUGCUGAAACUUAAGGAACAAAAACUUGGCCUCAACAAUGGCAUCCACACAUUAAUCUAUGCGAUGACAACUUGCAACGAUGUUGUGGCGAUAUUUACUUUUGGGGUAAUUCUGGGUGUCAUCUUUAAUCCGGGGAAAUUGUCGGAUCAGAUAUUGCAAGGACCUGUUGGUAUUAUUGUUGGUGUGGUUUAUGGUUACGUUUUUGGAUUGAUUUUAGUCUACUUUCCAUCUAAGGAUUCGAAAUAUGUAAAUGGCCUGAGAUUCACAAUGACAGUGCUGGGAGGUUGUGUGUCUGUAAUGGGCAGCCGAGCAAUGGGAUAUCCUUCGGCUGGUGCCUUGGGUUGUGUUACAGUAACGUUUGUUGCUGGAACUCUUUGGAGGAAACAACAGAAAGGAAAUGAAAAUCCAAGUGUUACAAAUCGCUUGGAUUUGUUAUGGAAGUUCCUAAAACCAGUGUCAUUCUCACUUAUUGGCAAGGAAAUAAAUUUCUCUGUUUUGGAUGGAAGGACGGUUUUGUAUGGACUUAUAGUUAUUGCUGUCGGAUGUAUGUUCCGUUUAGGGGCAUCAUACUAUUCAACUAAUGGAGCUAAUUUGACAACAAAAGAACGAUGCUACAUUACAAUUUGUGGCUUUCCGAAAGCAACAGUACAAGCAGCCCUUGGUCCCAUCGCUCUAGAUAUGGCCAGACAAUUAAAUGCGGGACCAGAUAUCCUUUCGUUAGCUAGCAAUAUCCUUGUGAUUUCUGUAAUCGCAAUUAUAUUCACAGCACCACUAGGCGCUAUCUUAAUGAUACAAUUAGCCCCGCGCUGGCUUAAGCACGAGGGUGAUGGAGGCACUGAUGCUCGUCAUCGUGAUGCCGAAGGAGCAUCUGAAUUGGACAGAAUACCCGCGCAAUCACCAGAUAACAUCGCCAUAAUCACAGUUGGAGAUAAUAGAAUACUGACGGAUUCUGCCCAUUCCAACAAUGGUUUCGACCAUGGCAACAGUGGCAGAUAAUGUCUUGUUCUAUGUAAUAUUGGAAAGGGAAUGGUAGUUGGGGUUGCAUGACUGCUUGCUAUGAAGCCUAAUUAAGUACUUAGAAUGACAAAACGGAGCUAAGGACGAUUAUGAUGAAGAAGGAGGAGAAAGUUGAGAAGAAGCUGGAAGAGAUGUCAUAUUUUUUGUGUGGAAGUGAAAAAACAACAAUAUUUUGUUUUUGUUCUUUAAAGAAAUAUGUACUUAAUACUUAAAGAAAGCUUCAACUUAGAACUUUCUUUUUAUAUUUACCAACCUAAGUUAAGUUGAGUUGUUUUGAAAUGUUUUCAUACUUUUUGUACGAGUACUUAAGCAUGUUUCGUCCUUGGUCUUCGUUUCGUCCAAAAUGUUGUUAUGAAAUAUACUUAAUUUAUGUAGAAAAAACUUUUGAUAACAAUCUGUCUUUUUUUCUGUGUGUGUGGU